AUGUGCUAUUUUCCAGCAGAGAGGUACAACCUAGAGACUAGUAACGUUGUGGAGUCCUCGAAUAAUGUGUUUAAGGAUACAAGGAAGCAAUCGGUAUUACCUAUGAUGGAUGAGAUUGUUGCGAAGUUGUGUGAGUUAUUUAACAAGCAUAAGAAUGAAGCUGCUUCUAUUCCACCAAGACGUAAACUGGUGGUCUUUGUGGAGAAUAUAUUUCACAGUAGAUGGGCUGAAGCAAAGAGGCUAGCUGUCGCCGAGUUAAACAUCACUCAGAUUGAAUACAAAGUCAUUGGAGGCGAUGAGAUGAAUUACACGGUGAACUUGAAAAGUAAAAUUUGCUCGUGCAAGCGUUUUGAUAUAGACAAAUAUCCUUGUGUCCAUGCCUUAGCCGCACUAGAAGCUUACUUGAAGCGGCCAAACAGAGAAGAGAAUAUAAAUGUAGAGGACUUGUGUAUGAUGUAUUAUUUAACCGAGCAGUGGGCGUUUGCUUAUAACAGAACGAUCUAUCCUGUUCCACAUAAGUCACAAUGGGUUGUCCCCGAUGAUAUAAAACAAUUGAGUGCUUUGCCCCCGGAGAAAGAAACAAAGAGGGGGGGGGGUCAAAAUGCUGGAGGUGAAAAUGCUGCAGGUGCCUCUGAAAGUAAUGCAGGUGAUAACAUGGUUUAG